CCACACCAGCGUGGUGGUCCAACUGUUUGGAGUUUGCGUUGUAACGAGAAGACCGAGGGGAAAAUUACUGUCGCCACCUCGCAACUCUCCAGGGCCAGCAAAACAAGCUCCGGCCCGAACUACUACAAUGAAAUACACCUAAAUGUUUUCUCAGACGACGUAGGAGUUGACUUUAAAGUGACUUUUUGAAACUGGAGCCGCUUCCUUGUUCGACAACCUGGUGAAAUAUCUCAACAUCCUCACAAAGAAACUUUUGCUUGCUAGGCUGCUAACUCGCACACACAAGCCAGAGGGGGAGAGAGAGAGGGGGAAAAAAAGUAUGAUCAUCGGCGAAAACUUCACCUCAAGCUGCUAAUAACGACUCAUCCGUCGAGCUAAGUGUCUCUGGUAGUUGUAUUUUCGUGGAAAUGGUUUUCUGAGCGACUCGAGGCUGAAUUUUGUAACGGUUUUUGAGUAGUCAUCACCAGCAGCAGCAGUGGUGGAGGAAGGGUUGCAGCUGGUAGUAACUCAGCCCAGCCACCACCAGUGUUCUCCACACAGCGCCCCCAGAUCUCCAGCAGGCACCACAUCCAGCACUGCCUUCAGCUGGUUAGGAGGUGACUGGUCAUAGGCUGGUUGCUGGAAAAGAUGUCCGGCCGAGGUGGAGUGGGACAGAUCCGGGGAGCCACUUUGGGUCCACAGCCCCUCAAGGCUACUAUUCCCUAUCAACUGGCCAGCAAGCCUCGACCUCUGCGGAGGGAUGGAAAGUCAGCCGGAAAGGCCAAACCGCACCAGCUGAGCUCUGGCAUGAGGCGGACAGUGUCUCUAGACGCCAUCGUCGGGCCGUACCUGCAGGGACACUGGCCCAAAGAACCGGAGGGCCAGAGCAGUCUGUGUCGCAAGGACAAAUCCACCCAGACACCAGACUCGUGGUCAGACAAAUCCCAGAGCCGGAGAGGCAGCAGCAGCAGCAGCCACCACAAACGAUCGGCCUCAUGGGGCAGCGAUGAGAAUCUGCGAGAGAUCGCUAAACUAAAACAACAGCUGCAGCAGCAGCAGCAGCAGCAGCGCAGCAAGCCUGCACUCUCAGGGGGACACGAGAAAGAGCGCCAGCAUGGCUAUCCUCAGGGGAGCUGCAGCCUAGGAACUACUCAGACGCAGCCAAUUCCCAUCCCCCUCGCUCCCCUGUCUACACUGGUCCCUCGACUGCGCUGCAGCGUUGAGGGCCUCAACCAGGAGCUGGAAGGCGUGUUCAUCUGCCAGCCACCGCAUCCUCAGCACAGGCUUCUCGAGGUUCCAGACGGACACCGGGCUCCCGUCCCUCCACAGAGCUGCAGCAGCGGAUCUCAGAGUGACCCCAUCACCACACCUUUGUCCUUCUCCUCCUCACCCAGCUCCCCUCCCACCUACAUCUCCACUUCCCCACCCAGCUCUGAAGAUGCACCUCUGGAUCUGCACCAAGGUUUGACAGACAGUGCAGAGAUGUCUCUCCUGUCUCCGUUCUCCUCGCAGAAUGAGGCUGACCUUUCCCUGCCCCUGCCGAUGUCAUCCUCCCCAGGACCAAACAAAAGUUGCUGCUUCCAGAGGGAACCUCCAGAGGGCUGCGAGAAGGUCCGAGUCUGGGAGGAAGCUGGCACUCAACACCAUCUGAAGCCAGCCCUCAUCUCCUCCUGCCCAGACCCCAACAAGGUCAACUUCACCCCCCACGGGGGCUCCGCCUUCUGCCCCGUCAGCCUCCUUAAGCCCUUGCUCCCCUCCAUGGACAUGUUGUUCCGCAGUCUCACCAUCUCUCCAACAGGAAGUUGCUCGAGCCAGGGGACGAGCUCCUGCCAGGUGACGUCCACCUCCGCUCCUGCAGACCCUCCUGCCACCGCAGCUGUGAUGGGAGAGAGCUCAGGGGAGGGCCUCGCCUUCUGAUCGCAGAGCGUAAUGCAAAUAUUUCAGUUGUCUGAGACAGAUGUGUUGAUGUUGCUUUAUUUUACGGAAGGAUCAUUCCAUUAAAAUAAUCUUUGUUAAAAAUAAUAAUAAUAAUAUUGAUAAAAAAAGAAUGAGUAUCAUACUUGUAUGCAAUCCAGAGGAUCUGCUUUCAUGAUUUUUGGGUUUCCGGGCAUUGUGACAUUCCUAAAUUAUGGCCAAUUGUUUUUUUUUUUUUUGUCAUUUCAUUAUCCAAAGAUUUAUUUUUGGCCAAACACGAGUGUGAGAGAUUUCUCACUCAUUCUUCUCUUUAACUCUAUCUGAGACGGGGUGCGUCGGAUGACUGUCCGCCUCAAUUGCUGCACAUUUUUUUCCCCAAAGAAGCCAUGACAUACACUUAUCAAUACUGGUUUUUAAACUCUGUCCAAAAUGUUCAAAAUCUGGGUUGUGUUAGAAAAAAAGAAGACAAAACCUUCUCAUAAAAGUUUGUUUUUAAAUAUUCAAAGAUAUUUAUCUACAGCUCACCUUUUACCUAACCUGACCCUGCACCUGUCACUGGUGUACGAAGCACGACAAAUCAGUUGGGUACUUUUUUAUUUACCUGAUUAAAGGAAAAAACUCAUGAAAUCACAUUUUGAUUGAAGGGAACUUGUUGGACUUGGGUAGCAUCAAUACCUAAAGGCUUCAGCUCAUGCAUUCCUGCUUUAAAUAUGUACAUAUGUUAUUUUUGUCUUGCAAAAAAAUGUUACUUGUUAAUGGAAAAAAAAUCCUGUUAUUCCUUGAGUCUUUAGAUGUGUGCUUGAUGGUCUAGUUUCUAGUUUUGAGGUCUCGCAGCCUAGUUGACUACCUAACCAGUUUUAGUGGUGUAGAUUUGUCAUCAUUAAUGUUUUUUCUUCUGCCAAGCUGACAAGUUGAUGUUCAGAUUUAGAGUUUUAUUUCUGGUAGACAUGUUUGCACAAAUUGAACUGCAACUUUUUGAGUCGCGAUUCUUAUUUUUAUAUUCACUUUUGUACUUUAAGAGUAGUAAUGUGUAUUUUCUACAUCUUUUUUCUACAUCAAUUACCUGCAACAUAAGCUAAAGAAAAAAAAAAAAGAAAACCCUGUUCCUUUUAGUUUUCUUCUGUCGGUGUGAUUGAGGCAGGUGUUACAUGAGAUACUGUAUCGGGUGGAUUUUUAUGCACUUCCAGGAGAGGGUUUUAUACGUUAGUCCUGGGUUUAUUGUCUCUGACAGGAGUUUUGUUAAUGUGCGUGCACGUGGAUGGAAAGUUAACUAGUGCAUCGUUUAACUAGUCUACUUCUCCUAGUUUUAGUAUCCUGAAAUACUGAUGUAUUGAAACAUUGUCUUUUUCCAAAUAAGCCUCAAUUUCAAUGUUUUCUGAAUCAGUGUGGAUGCUGUGGACGUGCUGUUUUCUCAGGUUCUGUGUUCUGUCCACAUAAAUAUAUGAUUGAUUACAUUGUUGUCUUUGUGAU